AUGAAUCAACCUAGUACUGUAGCCGUUAUAGGCGCUGGUAGUGCUGGCUUGUCGAUGCUCAAGACCCUGCGGGAAGAUGGAUUCAAGGUGACUUGCUACGAACGGAGGUCGCAAGUUGGGGGAUUAUGGGCGUGGUCGGACAAGAAGGAAGUUACUUCAGCGCUUAAAACCACCACGGCCAAUAUCAGCAAAUACACUUGUGGAAUGUCGGAUUUUCCUAUGCCAGACGAGUACCCUCCACACUUGACUCAAGCUCAAUUCCAAUCUUAUAUGCAAUCAUACGCCGAGCAUUUCAACUUACUCCCGGACAUCGUCUUUGACGCAAAGCUCGAGCAAGUAUACAGAAAUGAGUCAGAUUCCAAAUGGCUUCUACAGUUGAAUAUCAACGGAAAGCCGCAGAUCGAGGAAUACGACAAGGUCGCAUUUACGCAUGGAUAUCAGACAAAAGCGAAAAUGCCGCAGUUCGCAGGUCAAGAGCAAUUUGAGUGCGAGCUGAUCCACGCACAGGCAUUCAAGUCUCCGGAACAGUUUCGGGACAAGAAGGUCGUUGUAGUUGGAAUCGGAAGUACAGCAGGGGAUAUCAUUGAGACGCUAUUACCGGUAGCAGCAAAGGUCUAUGUAUCACACAGACACGGCACCGCGAUCAUAAGUAGAUGGCGAGGCGACAAGCCUACAGACCUCAUUGUGUCGUACAGACGUCGCCAAAUAAGAACAGAAUUUCUCAUGAAAUCUAAAUGGGGUAAACUGGAUCCGGAAUGGAACCUUUUGCCAUUCCCAUCUCCGUUACUUGUGCUACCUAGUGCCUCUGAGGCCGUCAUUCCAGCGCUGCAAAACGGUUCACUGACCUCGCUACGUGGGUUGAAGGGAUUCGUUGGCCCCCGAUCCGUGGAGCUUACUGAUGGCACGAUCAUCGAUGAUGUCGACGCUGUGAUUUGUGCUACGGGAUACACGGCUGAUUUCACCGUGACGCCGUUCAUCGAGACAAGUCAACCCGCUGGUCCCGAGGGGCCAAUCGUGAGAAGACUAUGGAAGAACAUCUUUCCACCCAAAUAUGCGGAUUCGAUCGCCAUGUUCUGUUACUCGGCUUAUGGCAAGAAUAAUGGCUUCUCCUUCUGCGAUGUCUCCUCGAUGGCUAUUAGCAAUAUCUGGCGUGGUGUCCAUCCAUUGCCGUCACAACAGCAAAUGGAAAAGGAAAUCGAUGAGCAUCAUCGAUGGUUAGUCUUGAAUUGGAAAUUGAACAACAACAUUGAUCCAUCAAUGGUUAAGUCAUGGGAAUACCAGAGCUUUGUGCACGAUGCGGCGGGCACUGGUAUGGAGAACCUGGGAUGGGGAUGGAAAGGGKGGAAUUUCUUCUUCAAGGACCCCAAGAUGUCGUAUCUGAUGAAUAAUGGGGUCGAGACAGCUCACGCUUUUCGUUACUUUGAGACGGGCAAGAGGAAGGUCUGGCCGGGGGCGCGAGAGGCAAUUCUCCAUGCUAACGAAGCAGCGAAGCAGAUCUCGCAUUGA